AUGGGAUUGCUUUUCCUUGCAAAAUUCAUCUAUGAAAUGCACAAACUAAUAAAGAAAACAAUAGCCAAGAGACAGAAAGAAAAGUUUUUUAAACACAAUGGAGGUCUACUUCUUAAACAACAAGAAGCAACUAAAGAUGGUCUAGUUGAUAAAACCAUACUUUUCACCUCCAAGGAGUUGGAAACAGCUACCGACCAUUUUAACGAGAAUAGAAUCCUUGGGCGAGGAGGUCAAGGUACGGUGUAUAAAGGCAUGCUGGCGGAUGGAAGGAUUGUAGCAGUUAAGAAAGCAAAGAUUGUUGACGAAAGCCAGUUAGAGGUAUUCAUCAAUGAGGUUGUGAUUCUGGCACAAGUCAAUCAUAGGAAUGUGGUUCAGCUAUUGGGAUGUUGCCUAGAGACUGAGGUUCCUCUACUUGUCUCUUAG